AGUGGAAGACCUUGCAGAGAGGAUUUGGGGAAUGUUUAGCUGGGGUUGACACAAGAGCUCAUGUGAUUGUUGUUGUUUUGGUGGCGACAACGCAUUUUAGGCCGUGGCUCAGUCGCCUCCAGCACUCACUAUGUCCAACGAGGAGAAGGAAGUAACCAGUAGUGAUGAGAAAUCUAACAGUAAGGAGUGUGAAAGCAGCAAGACGCACGCAGAUAGUUCUUGUGAAGCUGAUGGUGCCACAUCAAAUAGUCGGCCGCAGAGUUUAGAAGAAGCCGUGCAACCUGACACAAACGAGAUUAAGCCAGAUACUCAAUCUGAAGCCCUACCAUCUGGGGAAGCGGUAAGCUUUAAACUUGUCUAUAAUAAGACAAAAUAUGAUAUAGAAUUUCCUUUAGACGGCACAAUCAAGCAGUUAAAGGAACACCUAAGUUCUAUAAUUAACGUGUUACCAGCAAUGCAGAAAGUAAUGAUAAAAGGGCUAGCAAAAGAUGAGAAGACACUUCGAGAAUUGGGUGUGACGCGGGGGGCUAAAGUUAUGGUUGUGGGAUCUAAGCUCGACGAUGUUGUCAGUGUCAAUACUCCCAAAUCCGAUAGCUCAUCCUCUGAGAAGCCAAGUACCACCACCACCACAAAAGAACCUCUCAGCAAACAAAAACUUCAUCGUAAGAUCCUUGAUAAAGGGUUACCGGAUGAUGUUAUGCCAGGAAUUAAGAACAGUAAGGAUGUCUUGCCAUCGUAUCCAUUAUCUGGAAUGGUUAACAAACACGGAGGAAAAGUUCGACUUACAUUUAAAUUAGAACUAGAUCAGAUAUGGAUUGGCACUAAGGAACGCACGGAAAAGAUCAACAUGAACCACAUCCGGCAAGUUGUUUCAGAAGCAAUAGAAGGUCACGAACAAUAUCACAUAAUGGGACUGCAGCUAGGACCUACAGAAGCCUCACGCUACUGGAUCUAUUGGGUUCCUGCACAGUAUGUUGAUGCCAUCAGAGAGACGGUUCUUGGCAAGUGGUAAUAUUUAGGGGACAUUAGGGUUUUCAUCACCAACACAUUUUUAUUGGUUCACAAAAAUCAUGUAAUUUUGCCUUAGUAAGAGCAGAUGGAACUUAAGGAGCCUGCAUUAGCACUGAACAUCAGAGAUAGGAAAGUUGGUAAAGCAUGCCAAUAAGACUUGAUAUAUUACCCUUCAUGGCAGUGUGCUUUGCUUGUUCUUUGCGUUGUGCAUUUUGAAUUGAAUUCAGUUAGAUGGAUGACAAUUUCUCUUGUUCUACCCAUUUUCAUAUUUCAAUUGCUUCAAUGUUUAUGGCUUGAAAUAUAUGUACACGUGCCAUGCAAGUUCUUAAAGACGGUAGCGCGAGAGAAGUGUGUGUGUGUGUGUGUGUGUAAUAGUUUAUUGUCGGAGGCUGAAAGUUCCAUCUGCAAUGCUCGGGUUGUUAUUGGCCAUAUGGGGGUGAAGGAUGAGAGUUGUGUUGGGCAAGGUGAUUUUUGAGAAAGCUUUCCACAUGUUUAAUAUUGCUCAUAUUGUGAGAGGAUUAGGGCCAAGAUUUUUAUCACAUGGUGCUUAAGAAAUAAAUAAUUACAAAACAAGGCUUAAUCUAACAUAACAAUAUAAAGAAUGUAUCACAAGUUGCAAAAGAGGAAAAUAAUAUAACAAAGUCGCUGAGAAGGAAAAGUUAUAAAUUAGUGUUUUUUUAUAUACAGCAUUACUUUGUGCUGUGAUAAUUUCAGGGAAAUAGAAUGAUUAUGGAAAAGUGUAAAAGAUUGACACUAAAAUACCUGAAUUGAAGAUUUUUGUACCUUAGCUUUCAUCAACACUGGUCUUUUAGCAUGUGCUCUUAAGCUGAAACCUAAAUAACUUCUGUGCAGAAUUUAUCUAAGUAACCUAAUAAAUAUUUUUUGCACCUUGUACAUGUUUUGUCCCACCAAGCAUUUUCUAAAAAUAUCAUAAGUCUAUUACCUUCUAUGAAAUAUGCAGGCGAUGAGUCACAAUAACGUGGCUAAAGUAUUCUAUGGUUCUAUGAAAUAGUGUUAAUGGCUAUUUUUUGGUUAUUUAUAACCUCAGAAAAGUACUGCACUAUUUUAUAUAAUGUAUAUGUAGAGGAAAACCGAAAUAAAUAGGAAGACCGUGUGGUAGUAACUACUGUGAGAACAUGGUGCAGCCCACGUUUGAUACCAGUACUGUAUUUUAAGAAAAUAUACAAUUUUGAUGCAAGCAGGUAAUGGCACUAAAGAUAAGUAUUCAGAGCUAAUUAUUUAUGACGAUGAUUACAGCAGGGUGCAGUGGGACAUGCUUAAAUAAAUUGUGCAAAGAAAUCCAAGGGCAAAAAUAUCUGGCGAGAUGUGUAAUAAAAUCUGGGAAGGUGAAAAGUAUUCUGUGUAUAAUUACUGAUACUAUAAUGCUGCCUUUCAAAUUUGUGUUGUGUACUGGCAGCAGCUGUCAUUAGCUAGCAUUUGCAUUAAGAGCUUGCCAGAAUAUGUAGCUUGUGUAUCCAUGUACAGUAUUCAGACCUACAGUCCAUGCUUAGUUUCUCUUUAGUACUAAUGUAAUUCUUUGAUGUUGACAUUAAAUGUACUGUACUGCACUGAACUUAAAAUUGGGCAUUAGAGGGAAGAUAUUUUUAUGGGCAGUUGGUUACAUUGACAUUUAAAAGGUAAUGUAUGUGUAUAAAAUAUAUUUAUAUUUAAAGAGCUUCUAGUUACAUAAACAUUUAAAUACAGUACCAAAUUUCAGUGAUACAAACACAUUUUUUAUCAGGAUAUUGAAGUUUAUUUUGUAUCCAUUUGACACACACACAAUUAAUGAUUGGUGCAAUUAUAAUUGUGCUGCCUCUUGGUAAGUUCUGCUACAUUAUUAAUGUAUAUGGCUUAUUACUCUGGUCAUUCCUAGACAUAGUAAUUCAGUUAUAUAGGCAUAUGUUGCAAUUGACAAAGGUCAUUAGUGCAACUAAAGUCUACUGUUGAUAGAAAGUGGAUAUUGAUGCAUAAUAUAUUCAGACUUGCUGUAAGGAUUAAGCUAAUAUUAACUUUAAAUAUUAUUGUAAUUAAAAUUUGGACAAUUUGUGAAUGGGUUUGUACUUGUGAUAUAGGUUUAAUGAGUAACACUUAGUAAGUGCAUUCUUUGGUACAAGAAAUUCAAAGGUAUUCCAGAUUAAUAUUUAGUGGCAAAAUUUUUGAACUGACUGGUUAAUGGAAAUAUUAAAGUUAAAUAAUAAUUUAAGAGGUGGACAUCUUAUCACAACAAUAUUAUGUACUCUAGUUAGAUGUGAACAUGGAACAAUCAUCACUGACACUCGGGUGAAAGAGAUUUAUAUGUGCAAAUGGGACUUAUUAUUGCCUUUAUUGAAGUACAUUUUAAAUAAUUUAGCUUCAGCCAAUUUCAAAGAUGACUAGGAAGCAUGGAAAAAUAUACAGAUUUGUAUGAAUUAGGCAAAUAGUAAGAGUAGACUAAAGCUUUAAUACUAGAAAUGACUCGAAGUAUAUUGGGUAUGUGCAAAUAUUCACAGAUAACAGGCAUACAUAAACACUUCAGCAUGCAUAAUAAAAUUGGUGUUUUUCACUUCACUUUUCAGAGGUAAAUGCAAUUAUUAUAAUAUAAAGUUCUUAAUUUUGUACUGUAUAUCAUAAUGACCUGUUGUACAACAUGGUGACUGGUGAAGGACCUAAACCCAUGCGGAGAUUUCUGUAGUAUUUCUGCAAAUAUUUACUCGUUAAAUCUGUCCUGCCUUAACCUACCUCCCAUUUUCUUUUAAAUGUUUGUGGCCUUUGCAUGCAGUCUUAACACCUCUUCCCACAUGACCAUAUUAAAGAUUUGUAACACUUGCAAGAGUGAGCGUGUCUAUCUUUGAAGCCUGUCAAGCACUUCACCCAAGCACAUAUAACGGUACAAUACUUUAUUUUCAUGUAGAGAUUAAAUACCAGACAGAAUAAGCCUUGUUUUGCAUUUUUGUAUUGUUAACGGAUGACUUUGAUAAUAUAAGUCGUUUGUUUGUAUGCAAAUGAUAAAUACCAUAUAUUGUUCUAUCCUGGCAAAUGGAACUUGCAACUUCAUUGCUUCUUGUGACAUGAAUUUUGUUUAAUUAAUAUUGAACAUUUAGUGAGAUGAUAGUGACUAUGCAGUAAAUAUUAAGGAAAAGAAUGUAAAUACAAUUGUCAUUGAUGAAAUGGGUAACUUGUGUAUGGCGGUAUGGAACUGUGUACAUGGUAACUGCUGCGAUCGGCAGUUAGGUCGAAAAGCUGUGUCCUAUGGUUUGUGUUAAAAGAAUUACUCCUAUUUUUGCACCUUUUAUAUAUCUAAUUGUCUGCACUUUCAAAAUAAUUGUGAUUGCAGCUACUAGACAGACUAUAUCUAAUAGUGAUGUUUAGUAAAUAAGCAAAUAUACAUUUUAUUUGUAUUGUGUGUUUAUAUACAAAAAUAUGGGAAUACGUCUAUGGUCUAAUUCAAAUCAUUCUGAACAAAAUGAUAGCCCGAAUAGCAGCAUACAUUCUACAUUUUUGUAUGGGAAAAGCUUUGUAAGAAAAAAAAAUAUUUGUUUCUUUCCAAGAAAAUACAGCUGUUCAUCCUAGAUUUUAGUUCUAUGAAUCAUGACUGGCAAGUGUAGAAUCUUGCUUUGUUUUGCAAAUGGGAAGCUUUUCAUAAAGAUUUAAGAAGCCCAUAAAAGGUGCGAAGAAAACUGGUAAGCCCGAGUCUGUGUUUGUGUUGGAGGACUACGUCUUUUUCUUUGCUCAAAGGUACACUGGACAAGAGUGUUCGAAAGGAUUAGAAUAUUCAUAAUAGUUUUUAUUAGCAUAUACCUUGUUUGCUUUGGGAGGGGGAUCUGAAAUUUUCAAACUGAUUCGCUUGUGAAGUUUUCUUUUUGCAGUACAUACUGUGUACAGAAUACGAAAACAAUAUUGCAAAUAUAUUUACUGUUGUUUUCUGUGCUAAUUUUCAUGUAUUUUGUGUAAAACAUUCAUUUUUUUCUUUAACUAAUUUGUGCCGUGCUUGGCAUUUAUCAAUAAUUGUGUAGUAUAUCAUAUAGUUUUGAUAUUUUCAGAUUACGGGGAAGGUUUCUGUGGCAAUUGUUAAAUUUUUGUACAAUAAAGAGAUUUAAUAACAA